AUGGAUGAAGCAGAAGAAGUAAAUAAUGAUAUAUCAACAUUGACUAUUCUUACAAAUAAUAAAUCAUUAAGUGAUAGACAAAAGAAUAAUUUACUUACUGUUAGUUUACACAAAGAUAAAGUUUCAAUAUUAUAUAUAUAUAAUGAUACAAAUCUAGCUAAUAUUCAAGAAAAUGAUAAUAUUUCUUUAGCAAUAAGCAGUGCAUCAAAAGAAGUAGAUCAAUUUAGUAAUGAUUUGUACAAUGAUGAUUCUUCAUCUAACAAUAUAUUUCAAAAUAGUCAAAAGCAGCUUAAAAUUAUUAAUCAACCUUUGAAAUCAGGUUCUUUAUUAAUCUUAAAUAAUGGUAAUAGUAGUAAGUAUUUAUUAUAA